GCGGGCAAGGCGCGGCCGGCCCCUCGGGCUCCGGGCAGCGCGGGGCCGCGCGGCCGCCCCCCGACAUGUUUAACCGGGCCGUGAGCCGCCUCAGCAGGAAGCGCCCGCCGUCAGAGAUAAAUGACAGCGAAGGUCACCCAAGCAGCAGCCACCAAACCUUGAAAGGAACCUCAAAAUGGGCCACAUCACUGGAGAACCUCCUCGAAGAUCCAGAAGGAGUGAAACGAUUUAGGGAGUUUUUAAAGAAAGAAUUUAGUGAAGAAAACGUUUUGUUCUGGCUAGCAUGUGAAGAAUUUAAGAAAACACAAGGAAAAAAACAGAUGCAAGAAAAAGCUAAAGAGAUUUACAUGACUUUCCUGUCCAGUAAAGCUUCCUCCCAAGUCAAUGUUGAAGGGCAGUCCCGUUUGAACGAGACCAUUUUGGAGACACCUCACCCUCUCAUGUUUCAGAAGCUCCAGGAACAGAUAUUCAAUCUCAUGAAGUACGACAGCUACAGCCGCUUCUUAAAGUCAGACAUAUUCCUAAACCAUAAGAAGGGUGAGGAGCAGGAGGAGAACUCCCCAGAGGCUCAGACCGCAGCUAAAAGAGCGUCAAGGAUUUACAACACAUGAUACAAGGAAUCUCUUCGGGAGAGGCAAUAAAACAACUGAAUUACACUCAGGAACAGUCUAGGUUUAUAACAGUUGCAUUUAGGGCUUGAGAAGCUCAGAACCUUGUUAGGAGAUGCUUACCUUUUUAUUUGCUUGAACGACUAAUUAUUUUUGCAUGGUAGCUAAUAACUAAGCGCCCAUGGAAAGACUGUUUCCUAGCUAAAAGGCUGAGGUAUUCCUCCAUAGCAUGAGUUGCAUUUCAGAGUCAUAGGAUCAUUUUGGUUGGAAAAGACCUUUAAGAUCAUUGAUUCCAAGCCCUCCCCUCACCCUGCCAAGCCCAUCACUAACCCAUGGCCCUCAGCACCUCAGCUCCACGCCUUUGCAAUAGCUCCAGGGAUGGGGACUCCCCCACCUCCCUGGGCAGCCUGGGACAGGGGCUGACAACCCUCUCAGGGAAAAAGUUCUUCCUAAUGUCCAAUCUACACCUCCCCUGAGGCAACUUGAGGCCGUUUCCUCGUGUCCUGUCGCUUGUAACUUGGGAGAAGACACCGACCCCAGCUCACUGCAACCUCCUGUCAGGUAGUGGUAGAGAAUUUCACGUGUCACAAGUUUAAAAUGCUUUCAAUUGUUCUGUUUUCUUUUGUGAAGCAUCAUAAGGAUGACAAAUGGAAGAUAGAGAUUGGUGGGUUUUUUUGGUUUCGCCGUGUAGUUUUUAUUGGUGAGUGGCUUUUCCAUCCCGAAUUGCUGGAGAAGCUGCUGAGGAGUACAUCUCACAUUAACUUGGAGCAUGAGUCAUUCACAGCAGACUGAGUCAUGGACAGCAUCUUCCAGGGUUAAGCUCAGUGGAAUCCAAUCCCUUCCUAUCUCACUGUUCUUUCAAGGUGCCACCUGUUUUGCUUUUCCUUUGUUGUUGAAUCAGAACACUUCUCCAGUCACGAUUUCCAUUUAUGUAUUUCUUAAAUUCGCCCAUUUUUUUGCUGUGGAGAAUCACCUUUUUCAAAGCAUGGAGUAACCUGGAUUCCCUGGGGAACAAAUGCUCUAAGAGAGAAUCUCUGAAGGACUUCCAACAGCUAUUAGGGAACCUGACAGCUAAUAUCCUACUCUGAGCACAAUGAUUUCAGCAAAGCUUGACCAUGUCCAGUGUCAGGUGCCAGUAGUGAGAAGCAUCUGCUCUCUCCUGGGUCUCCAGCUCCGUGCAGCAAGAGCACUUUGGCAAAGGACCAGCCAACAAAGGCUGCCUUUGUUUUACUAAAAUCUUUCCACUAAAUGGCCCUACCUAACUUUGAUUGCCUCAGAAAUGUAUUCUGGGGUUUCCCAGUUGCACUGUUUGGUAGCUGCCAUGGAACAGGGUGUUGACAUUGUGGUUUUGCCAUUCUCACCUCGGGCUUGAGAGGGAGCGGAUUGCCCAAAGCAAUCAGAGUUGAAGUGUCAGGGUAGUAAAGGAGGAUGCUCCCAAUGAGCUCUCCAUGUCAUCCUGGGACUGUGCCAGGGCUGCACAGCACAUCUUGGCACACAAGUUUUUCCUGUGUCGCAUGUUUUUGAGUGAGUUGACUGCAGUGUCACCAACCUGCAGCUGGAGCUGGGGAAGCGUAUUAGCUACGUGCUCUAUUUACAAGCUUUGCAGCCUUUGGUCUCCCUGUUUCACAGUCAUUAUUUACACUUUCAUUUCUUUGCACUGCUUUUCUUGAACUUCUGUUCUGUUGCUGACUGCACAGGGAGCUUUUGAUCACUUUAGAGUUCUUCUUUGCAGAUAUGUGUUGUACAUUGCUGUCACCGCUGUAGAACAAAGCCAGAGUGGAAUUUUUGAGGAUGCAAAACUCACUUGGUAGACUUGAUCUUUUAACUCUUAGCCACUCUUUGCAGGUAAGGUGUAAAGCUAAUUGUUUCCACAAGCUCUUCCUUUGUUAGAUGUAAGAGUGGGAUCAGGAGUUCUUACCCCAGAGCUUAAAUGGCCUCUUCAUUUUUAGCAAACUCAAACAAGAGGUCAGUGCCUCCUUAUGCAUGUUUUAAGCUGUAAUUCUUAUGCACUGAGUUCAUUUUGCUUUUAUGCUUCCAGAAGAUCUGAUGGUUAAGUGAUAAUCUUGCUUCAGGCACUUUAAGCAGUAUUUGACCUCAUGCUUAAGUUGUAUGUCAAGGUUUUGAUGAGUAGCAACAACGUAAACGUGUGCAUGAAUCCUUUUGUUGUGAUGGGGCCUAGGAAUUGGGAUCAUCCAGUUCUGGACUUGCCAACUGUCUGUAGUCUCAGGAUUGCUUCUUUUGAAAAUUCACUGUAGUAACAAACUGCAGCAGAGGAUCAUAGAAUCAUAGAAUGGUAGGGGUUGGGGAAGGGACCUUUAGAGCUCAUCUAGUCCAGCCCCCUAGGAUGAAACUUCUAGGAUGGAACUUCUGACACCACCAAAGCCCUUAGGAGUGGGCAGCUUCAGCACAACUAGGAGUUGGGGUUUGUCUCUUCCCAGUAAUUGCAGCUGAAGUCUUAGUGAUAGCAAAAAUGCAGAAUGGGGACUUUCCUGGGGGAAACAGCAGGAGCUCUCACCACAUCCAUCACACGGAUGCACAGUUGGUUCGGUUUUAAUCAUAUUGAUUUUAAAAAUGCAUGAGGAAAGGGAGAAGAGUCUUUGACUGUCAUGGUUAAAAAUAAUAAUAACAGCAAAUUAACCCAGAAGCUGCAUGAACACUGGUAGGGCAUUCAAGAGAGAAAAUACUUGUUUGUAGCUGCUUAGAAAUGCCAUUUUCCUUGGCAGUAUGCUCCCUGUCAGGUACUACCUUAUUUACUUGUUGUAAGAAAAUGCCCCUUUGGAGUAGACACAAAGGUGCUUUACACUGCUGCCAACCAAAAAUUGCUCAAUGGAAAUGUAUUUUUAGCAGCACCUCAAUGCCUAUGAUGGUUUUUUCUUCAACACCUGUGAUGUUUCUGUGAUAAUGCACCUAAAUCCACAACAUUCUUCAUCUAUGAAUUGCUCUUUUGCCUCAGCAGUAACAAGCUCAUUGCCCCAUUUGCUGUCUUACUUGUAGCAUCCAGUUUUGGUUUGGUUUUUAGAAGACAAUCAACAACUAGACUUGUAGAAAGCAAAGUUUUUUUCCCCCUAUCCAUGAGAUUUUCUAUAUUUCCCAGUAAGAGAGCAAUCAAACUAAAGCCUUGCAAGCAGAUGCCUGUAAUUGCAGCGUGUGUAUCCGUGGAGAUGGUUAUUAUUGCUUCUGUUGAUACUAUCACCAGUCAAACUUGAAUUUGGUGAAAUACAUGACAUUUUUCUCUAUGUGGCAUAGAAGGAACUGCACAGAAGAACUGAGUUUCCCUGCAACUCCUGCAUUCCAGGAACAGCUGUAAACACUGCCUCCAACCUCAGGCUGUACGUGGGCGCUCAGUUGCUUUACGUAGAGAUUCAAGAUAGGAUCUUUUCCUUUUCACAGAACUUACACUGAAGACAUGAGCACAAAAAGCAAGCAAGAGAAGUUUUGUGCCCAACUGCAUGCCUUAAACUCUACCUUACUGUGUGUUUCUCAGCUAAACAUUAAAGUAUUGUACAAAGCCACCAAA